GCCUGGGAUGCCAUUUUAUUGCUCUGGCGUUCUUUGGUAGACAUCAUUGGCCCUUACAGUUCAGUGCUGCAGCAGCUUCAGGGAUCACCUAAUGGCCCUGCUUUGACAUUGAAGCUUUUGCAGCUCAACGCGGACACAACCGCUUUACGCUAUGUCAAAGCUUGUUUGGCCUACUUCGAAUUUCUUGUUGACCUCGGGCAUUCCUUGGACAAUCUCUCCCAACUUGCUGCAGUUGAGGCAGUCUACGCUUUACACUGCAGCCGUUCCCAGGACGAUGACUCUUCUCUGGACCGGGAACAGAUUGCUUUGGUUUUUCCGCUCAACACCCUGAAGGCGCUGCGUUGGUUGGUGAAAACCGUGACCCUUCACUUCCCAGACCUCUACUCAGGCCUGUUCAGAGCUUUGUCUGCUCAGCCAUCCUCAGAUCGUUCUGAAGCCAUGCCACUUCCUUUGGACUUUGUCGCCUUUCUUGAAUCGGUUGUGCUCGAUCUUCUUUCCGCUCCUGAACUUGCUCUUUUUGCCGGCUCCGCAUUGGUAUGUAUAUGGUCUUCGCUGCGCUUUGGGGACGCUUCCCACGUAUCCUGGUCAGCUCUUCUGUUUGACCCUCAAGCAUUAGUCAUUCGUGGCCUUGCCUAUCGUACAAAAACAUCUCGGCGUGGCAUGGCUUUUGCUUUCUACGCAGAGGGCAUAUACGGCCCUUGGGGUAUUCGCUGGCUCCAGCUUCUGGAUGCCCUGUGGGGUUCUUUGGAACAACUCUCCCCCAACGUGGUUCCUGACUCCCUCUUUUUCUGCUCCUCGCUUCUGGAUGACGCUUGCGACUUUGCAUUUUGCCCCGCGUCAUAUGCAUCGGCACUGCGUUGUCUGCGUUCAGCUUUGAACCUGUGGGGUCGGUUAGGGUACGAUGCGUCUCGCAAUUUCACUUUGCAUUCUUGCAAGGCGACAGUCUUGUCCUGGUGUUCGCAGCUUGGCCUUGGCGACAUGGCACGCCGUGAACAGGGACAUCAUCGCACCACCUCAGUCACUCUUUACGGUCGAGAUGAUACGCACGCGGCCCUGGCCCUAGCUCUUCACAGGCCUCGAUCCUUGGCAAGAUCCGCGCUGGCGCUUUUCGUCCCAGCAUUUCCCAACACCGCGGAGCUCAGUCACCGAUAG